AUGACUGGAGUCAUGUGCACAGAGUGCCCCAAGUCUGGGUAUAAAUGGAACUGCCAGGAGACCCAUUUGAGCCAGUCGUCCUCGGAGCAGUGGGUAUGCAGUUGGACACUCUCCCCUUGGAUCAGGAUGCCAUCUAAGGAAACUUCCCGGGAUCAAGUGCCUCACCUUAUUGCAUCUAACAAUGGCACAGAUGCAGCUGGCUUGAGACACUUGACUGUGGAAGCCUUCUGCCAAGCCAUGUGCAACUGUGCCCACAGUAUCCCCACUUUUGGCAUCACCACCAGUGCUGAUGCCUUGCUGAGGAGGGCUGGGCGGGGGGAGUCAGCGAGCAGCUGCGUGGUGCUUUGUUACUGGCUGGGCUUAAAUCAUGACACCAAGUCAGUUGAGCUGCAGAAAUUAAAUACAGUUUGGAGAAUAUCAACCAAGGAAGGAAGUGUCAACAAAGCACAUGGAAUAUUUGUCACCUUAGCUGAGACCCUGCACCUUGGAAGCUGGGAACUGAGACACAGAAGUGAAAGGGACGCAGCCACCCCACAGCGCCCGGAGGACGCGACGGGACAGGACGGGACAGAGCGGGGCUGCGAAGGAGCCCCUGUGCAGCCACCUCGUUCCCUGCUGACCUGCGUCCGCGGCGCUUUUCUGAGGUGUCUCCCAUCCCUGUGGCAGGAGCCUUCGAGGCUGGGCCUCGGCGGGAUGGCAGAGAGACCCCGCAGCGUGCCCAGGCUGGCCUGGCUGGCGUGGGAGGAGGAGGAGGAGAAAGGCACUGAGGAUGCCCCAGUGUGGCAGCCUGAUGAGGUGGAGGAGGUCCAGCCGCUGCAGGCGGUCCCAACCUGCGGGCAGAGAGAUGGGGGUCAGAGUCCCCAGCAGCUCCUGUCCCGGGGCUGGCCCUGCCUGGGGAGCGCAGGGCUCGGCUGUGUUCUCCAGCCUCUUCUGCAGCCCCUCAGCUCUGCUUGCGCUCGGUCUUUGCCAGAUCCAGACUGGAACCUGCCAAAAGAGCAGGAACACGCCCGGGCCCUCUUCCACAGCAGCGCACAGAGGUUUUGGGAAUCCCUCAAGCCCUCUGAGCGUGAAGACGCCACCAUCGCGGCCAUCGAGGGCAUGGCAGACUCGGACUCCUAUAAUGCGGAGGCUUGUGCUGCCAUGCUGGAUGUGCUUGUGGAAAGUGACACCUCCAGACUGCAACAUGUGCCGAGCAUCGUGAGGUGCAUCUACCAGUGGCUCAUGUCCAACACGCAUGUGGCUGCUGAGCACAGGCUGGACAACAGCCUUCUGGAGCUGACCCACGCGCACCCCUAUGACGUGGCGGUGACCCUCCUGCGCUGUGCCCCAUCUUGCGACAGAGCUGCUGCGACCAUGUGGAGGGUGAUGGUCUCCAGGAGCAGGACUGCAGAGCAGGUGCUGCGGGAGCUGGUCUGCGUGCUGGAGGACUGGCCGCUGCACAGCACGUGCACCUCCGAUGGGGACAGCGCAGAUGUCUUUGCCCUGGCUGCAACCAGGGUGCUGCAGGAGAUCCUCCGGCUGCCCGGGUGCCCACGGAGGUUGAACGUGCUUUUCCCCCGCAUCUUCCUGGCUCUGCUCUUCCAAAUUUUCUUUGCCACACAGCAGAUGCCAGAGGAGGUCGAUACCUUCUGGAGGGGAUGCCAGCAGGAAGGCUGCCCUCCCACCAACCCCAGCAGAUUUGCAAUGCUGACCGUGAAAGCACUGCUCUGCCGCCUUGAGUAUGACAAUAUGGUGUUUGAAGUCGAACGUAAGCGUGGCUGGGACACGCUCCUCAGCGCUGAGACCUACCAUUGUGCAAUGGGUCUGCUGGCCAGACAGGUGCGUGGUAUCUCGAGGAGCUUGUGUUACUCGAUCGCAGGCUACCUUGUCAAGCUGCUCAGGAGGAAGAAGCAACACUGGGAGGUCCCCGCCAUGGCGUUCCUUGUCGAGCUCCUGGUCUGCCCUAACGUAAGGUGUUGGGGUGCCUGCAUCCUGCAGCUCGUCCCAAUGUACCUGCAGAGCAAGUGCAGAGUGAUGCGUCGCCUGGUGCUCAGAGGCCUCCUGGAGCUCUGCAAGACACCCUUGAUGGUCAGAAGAAUGCAGCACCUGCUGCAAAGGCUCAUAGAGCUACUGACGGAUGCAGACGGGGAGGUGGUUGGGAUGACCCUCUCCGUGCUCAGCAAGGUGCUCUGGGCCACAGGCAUCCCAAUUGCCAGCCCCAUCACUCUGCAGCUGGCUGAGAGGCUCCAGCCACUCUUUGACAGCGACGCCAACCAUGUGCAACUGCUCUCCAUGCACCUCUUCCGAGAUGUGAUGGAGUUGGUAGCGGAAGAGGGAAAAAAGCCACUGAAGCAGCACGUGCACCAGAGCCUGAUCCCACUGCUCUGCCACUUGCAUGAUGAGAACCAGCGCGUGGCAGAGGCCUCUCAGGAAACCCUGCUUCAAGCUACCAAGUUCCUGAAGAACAGGAAGCUCCAGCAGCUGCUGGAGAGGGAGCAGACAUGGGUGGUUGGCAAGUGCCUGCUGGCAGAGUACAGCAGCAGAGUGGACGAGUACCUGCAGCAGUCCCUGCUGUACCUGGAGAGCCCACAGGCAUCCAUGCGAGCGGCGGCCAUCAGGUUCCUUGGGCUCGCCGGGCGGCACGUGAUGCAUCAGCAGGUGAAGCUCCAGGUCAUCUACAAGGCCCUUCAAAGCACGACAAAAGACGUCAGCCUCUCCGUCUCAAGCCUGGCAACUCAAACCCUAUUCCUGCUAAGAGCCGCAGAGAGAAAUCCCCCCUCCAGAUUCAGGCUGCCGGUGCUGCAAGAGCGAUUCCGCAGGGCAUGGAGGAGGCGGCCUUCUCUCCGGGACAAUGGCUUCCUGUGCUGCUGGAGCUCUGUGCAGAGCUGAUCCCGGGAGCUCCGUGUGCUGGGGCCACCUGAGCCU